AUGCACAAAUCCGUCCACGGCUUCAUCGGCUGGGGCUCCCGACAGGUGGGCUCCGUGCCCGUCGGCCGCGCCCAGGACGCCGCCAAGCCCGCCACCGGUCUCAUCUACCUGCCCGACCCCAUCAACGACCCGACGCUGGUGCGCGGCGUGGGCACAAGAUUCGGCGAGGGCGAGGGCGAGGUCCACGGCAUGCUGUUCCUGCCCCCCGGCAAGGGCAUCACGGGCGCGAGCGUCGACAUCUCGGAGAUCAUCGGCCCCGAGGAGAUCCGCGUCAAGAGGCCCUUCAAGGGCAAGCUGGCCCUGCAGCAGCUUACCGGCCGCGACGACAUCGACGACUCGGGGAACCUGACCGACAAGGAGCUGCUGGGCUGCGCCCCCGGCCACCCGGGCACCAAGUUCAAGCUGGCCCCCUACACGGACCAGACGAGGGUGUACGAGGCCGUGUUCGACCGUCUCCGCAACGGCGGCUGCGUCGGCAUCUUCCCCGAGGGCGGCAGCCACGACCGCACCGAGCUGCUGCCGCUCAAGGCCGGCGUCGCCAUCAUGGCCCUGGGCACCCUGGCCGAGUCGCCCGACUGCGGGCUCAAGAUCGUCCCCGUCGGCAUGAACUACUUCCACCCGCACAAGUUCCGGUCCAGGGCCGUCAUCGAGUUCGGCGCGCCCUUUGAGAUACCGCCGUACGUGGUCGAGCAGUACCGCAACAACCAGCGCAGGGAGGCCAUCGGGUCCGUCAUCGACACCGUCUACCAGGCCCUGAGCUCGGUGACCGUGUCGGCCCCCGACUACGACACGCUCAUGAUGAUCCAGGCCGCGCGCCGCCUGUACAACCCGACGGGCAAGAAGCUGCCCCUCCCCGUCGUGGUCGAGCUCAACCGCCGCCUGUGCAAGGGCUACGAGCGCUACAAGGACGACGAGCGCAUCUCGGCCGUGUCCAAGAACGUCAAGGAGUACAACCGCCAGCUGCGCUACCUCAACCUCAAGGACCACCAGGUCGAGUACGCCGACAUGUCGGUGCCGCGCGCCCUCUUCCUGACGCUCUACCGCUCCGUCAAGCUGCUCGUCCUCUUCUUCGCCACCAUCCCGGGCCUCCUCCUGUUCGCGCCCGUCUUCGUCGCCACCAAGAUCAUCAGCGCCAAGAAGGCGAAGACGGCCCUGGCCGGGUCCACGGUCAAGAUCCAGGGCCGCGACGUCAUGGCCACCUGGAAGAUCCUGGUGGCCAUGGUCGUCGCCCCGACGCUGUACCACUUCUACUCCAUCAUCAUCGUCCUCAAGGUCUGGCACGACCGGCUGUGGGGCUACGUCCCGGCCUGGGUGCCGCUCUGGCUCGUCUACUGCGCCGUGUGGCCGGCCAUGGUGGGCAUCACGUUCGGCGCCCUGCGCUUCGGCGAGGUCGGCAUGGACAUACUCAAGUCGCUGCGACCGCUGGUGCUCUGCCUGUGGCCCAUGUCGGGCUUCAGCAUCCAGAAGCUGCGGGUCCGCCGCGCCGAGCUCAGCGGCCAGGUGACGGACCUGAUCAACACGCUCGGGCCCGAGAUGUUUGCCGACUUUGACAGGACCCGCCUGGUCAGCUCGUCGGCCGAAGCGGGCCUCACGGCAGGCACCGCCUCCACCGCGGCCGGCGCCGGCGGCGUCCCCGCCACCGGCCACGGCCGCAAGGGCAGCGACGUCUCGAGCGUCAGCACCGGGGUCGGGGCCGAGGCCGAGUCGCCCACCGCCCUGUCGCGCCGCACGACCACCCAGUCGAGCCGGCUGCUGCCGCGCCACGACUCGUUCAGCAACAUCGGCCGCGUGGGCAUCUUCUCGACGCGUCCGCCCUCGAGGUCCAGAUCGCGCUCCCGCUCGGGCAGCAGGGGUCCCGGCGGGCCGUCACGCUUCGUCUCCGGCGGCUUCCCCCUCAGCGGCUUCACCACGCUGGACUCGCAGGGGGGUCUCGACGAGGCCAGCCGCAAGAUCCGUCAGGCCAUGAAAGCCAGGAGGAGGAGGUCAGACAAGGUCCGCAUGGAGACGGGUGCCGACGAUGACGAGGGUGAGGAUGACGUGGUGGAGAGCGAGAGUGGUGAGGAUAGUGAGGAUGAGGGGUACGAUGAGGCUAGGAAGAAGAAUCUCUAG